AUGGUAGAUGUUUUCCAAGGUGGCCUCGUGAGGGUAGAGAAGGAGAAAGUCCCUCCAUUCUUCGAAAGUGAUGAUGCCGUUGUUGUCCUUGUCGACGUGCUCGACGAAGCUGGCGAGCUCGCUGUCGUCAAUUUCGAUCCCUGGGCGAGAUAUACCAGCCUUAACAAGAGCAUCCCACAAUUCCUCAGGCGAAAUGGACCCAUUGUGCUCCACAUCGAUUGCCUGGAAAAUCCUGUACAAUUCCAGUUCCUUGUCAUCCAUAUACUUUCUAAACUCCUGAUAAUCGACCCGCCCAUCCUGAUUCGCGUCGCACACCUUCAAAAGCUCCUUGGCGAACCUGUAAUCCGCAGGGAUUUGCAUUGCCGACAGCCCCUUCUCGAUCAAGGCGGAAUCCAAGUGCCCAGCGUUGUUGGAAUCAAAGAAGAUGAACAAACUUCGGAUUCUCGAGUCCCUCUCCUCCUUCGUCUCCCGCAGGGCGGCCAACACGUGGUCCAUCGACACCGGGCCGAGAUUCUUCACCGGGCUGUAUCUUCCGGGUCGGGCCUUCGAAUCGUCCGCCCCAGACGCCAUUGUUGCAGCAGCAGUCGCAGCAGCUUGUGCCGGGAAAUUGGCAUGCCUCUCCACUCCCGUAGACAUAGAUAA